UCCCUGUUUCCCACAAUACAGCUUCCCAUCCAAAUUCAUAUUCUCUAUCUUGUUUUCUUCUUUCUCUCCGUUGUUUCAAAAUUUUCAAAUGUUGUUUGUGGAAAAGCCCUAGGUAUCCUUUUUUGGAACCGUUGAAUCGAAUCGAUCAUCAUGGGGAACACGGAGAAGCUGAUGAACCAGAUCAUGGAACUCAAAUUCACCUCGAAAUCGCUACAGCGGCAGGCACGAAAGUGCGAGAAGGAAGAGAAAUCGGAGAAGCUCAAGGUCAAGAAGGCCAUCGAGAAAGGGAACAUGGACGGCGCUCGAAUCUACGCGGAGAACGCCAUUCGCAAGCGCACCGAACAGAUGAACUACCUCCGCCUUGCAUCGCGCCUAGACGCCGUCGUCGCUCGCCUCGACACGCAGGCCAAGAUGUCCACCAUAAGCAAGUCCAUGGGGAACAUCGUCAAGUCCCUCGAGUCAUCGCUCAACACCGGAAACCUCCAGAAGAUGUCGGAGACAAUGGAUCAAUUCGAGAAGCAGUUCGUCAACAUGGAGGUCCAGGCUGAGUUCAUGGAAAGCUCCAUGGCUGGAUCCACUUCGCUUUCCACGCCGGAGGGUGAGGUCAACAGUCUCAUGCAACAGGUCGCCGACGAUUACGGCCUUCAGGUCUCCGUCGGACUCCCUCAGCCGGCAGCACACGCCGUGCCGGCCAUGGAGACCGAGAAGGUUGACGAGGACGACCUCUCCAGGCGCCUCGCCGAGCUCAAGGCUAGAGGUUAACUUAUAAUUUUUUCAAGAACGGUUGGAAGAAUCGUGUUUUGAAUGCAGUGUUACAUAAGCUACAUUGUUAAUUAUCGUUACUAUUACUAGAACUAAAUGAUGUUGAUGAUCAUGAUUGCUGAUACUGAACCUUAUUGAGAAUGAAUGAGAGGAGUGGUUUGUGUAUAUUUUACUGAAUUUGGUUCCUAAGAUCUUGUUGCUGUUUUAUUAUGCAGACUUAGCUUUAUGUUCUAAA